CCGCAGCAUAGAGUGGAUCAGGUCAAUUCAGAUGCAAACGAUAUAAGCCUUUCACUCAACUUGACAGCCAGUCUACUUCUCUGUACAGAAAUCGUUACUAUUAUAGCAAGUGCUGCCGGAUUAUGUGCCAUUUCGCCCCGCGUUGAGAUAACGAACCCCUACUUUUUCCAUGUUGCAUCGACGUCCCCUCCAAACCCUGCAGUGAUCCCCAGGCCCGGCCGGUGGGCGCGUCGUCGCAAUGCCUUCAAGAAAACCUAGCAAGUUUGGCAACAAAUUUCGGUCCGGUGCCGCAUCAUUCAAUCCUAGACGAACAAAGACCAUCGAAUUCGCUUCCCUCAGAUCAACGGAAGCUACCUCUCAGGAUGAGAAGUUCGAGGCCAUCCGGCUUGCAAACAGCAUUGACGAGUCAUUGGGCUUUCCGCGCUUCGAGGCCGGUGAGAAACGAGUAGGAUGGCUCAUCAACAUGCAUAGCACAUCGAUACAAGAUACGAAUGUUCCAGGUGGACGCGCUGGUGUCGAUUACUACUUUCUCGAAGAUGGUGGCACCAGCUUCAAAGCGACGGUCGAAUACGAUCCGUAUUUCUUGAUUGCCGUGAAGAAAGGACAUGAGACGGAGGUUGAAGAGUGGUGUCGAAGGAUGUUUGAAGGGCUCAUCAAGAAGUUGACGCGCGUGGAGAAGGAGGACCUCUCGUUGCCAAAUCAUCUUCUUGGGCACCGUCGGAACUACCUUCAAUUGAGCUUCGCCAAUGUCAGCCACUUGUUGGAAGUACGGAGAACAAUCUUGCCUCUGGCUGAGAAGAACAAGAAGAAUGCGACUGCGAUGGAUGCUUAUGUGGAGAUGUCAAGCGGCAACGCUGGCUUCGAUCUCUUUGAUGAUGAACUAAUUAAUGAGUCACGAUCUAAUGCCACUAUGAACGCGAGUGAUUUUAUUGUUGAUAUCAGAGAAUAUGAUGUUCCUUAUCAUGUCAGAGUCUCUAUUGACAAAGAUAUUCGUAUUGGAAAAUGGUACACAGUAGAGUCCAAACAUGGAGUGAUCUCACUGAGCUGUAUAGAAGAGCGACUUACUCGUGCCGAUCCUGUUAUCUUAGCAUUUGAUAUCGAAACGACCAAAUUGCCUCUCAAAUUCCCCGACUCGGUGAUUGACCAGAUCAUGAUGAUAUCUUACAUGAUAGAUGGCCAAGGUUUUCUCAUCACUAAUCGAGAAAUUGUGUCCGAAGACAUCAAUGACUUCGAAUAUACGCCAAAAGCUGAAUACAAUGGACCAUUCAUGAUCUUUAAUGAGCCUGACGAACGAAGCGUCAUCGAGCGGUUCUUCGAGCAUAUCAAAGAGGCGAAGCCGACUGUCAUUGCUACUUACAACGGUGACUUCUUCGAUUGGCCUUUCGUGGAAGCACGAGCUAGCGUUCUGGGAAUCGACAUGUACAAGGAAAUUGGAUUCAGGAAGAAUAGCGAAGAUAUCUACCAGGCCGAUCACUGUGUGCACAUGGACUGCUUCGCUUGGGUCAACCGUGACAGUUACCUCCCUCAGGGAAGUCGUGGCUUGAAAGCCGUCACCGUCGCGAAACUCGGAUACGACCCCGAUGAGCUAGACCCAGAAUUGAUGACUCCAUAUGCAAGUGAGCGUCCGCAGACUUUGGCGGAGUACUCGGUGUCAGAUGCCGUCGCCACGUACUACCUAUAUAUGAAAUACGUCCACCCUUUCAUCUUCUCCCUUUGCACAAUUCUUCCUCUAAACCCAGACGACACACUCAGAAAGGGAACUGGAACCCUUUGCGAGAUGCUUUUGAUGGUGCAAGCAUACCAGGGCAAUAUCGUUCUACCAAACAAGCACAAGGAUCCGCCAGAGGCUUUCUACGAAGGUCAUCUACUCGAGUCAGAGACUUAUGUUGGCGGGCACGUCGAAAGUAUCGAGGCUGGUGUUUUCCGCAGCGAUAUACCAGUCACAUUCAAGGUUGAUCCCGUUGCCGUCGAUGAGCUUCUCCGUGAUCUCGAUGCGGCUCUGAAGUUCAGCAUUGAGGUUGAGGAGAAGAAAUCGAUGGAUGAUGUCACCAAUUACGACGAAGUCAAGAAACAGAUUUCCGACAAGCUAAUGGGGCUAAAAGAGAAGCCGCAUAGGGAGGAGGUCCCUUUCAUCUACCAUUUGGAUGUCGCUUCAAUGUAUCCGAACAUCAUGAUUACAAAUCGGCUGCAACCAGACUCGAUGAUUGAGGAGUCUAAUUGUGCUGCGUGUGAUUUCAAUCGUCCUGGCAAGACCUGUGACAGGCGGAUGCCUUGGGCUUGGCGUGGUGAAUUUCUUCCUGCGAAGCGCGACGAAUACAACAUGAUUCGUCAAGCAGUCUCGAAUGAGAAAUUUCCUGGCAGGUAUAAGAACAGCCCGAUGAGGAUGUUCGGAGACUUGAGCAUCGAAGAGCAGGCCGGUAUCGUCAAGAAAAGACUGCAAGAUUACAGUAAGAAGAUCUAUCACAAGAUUCACGACAGUAAAACGAUAGUCAGAGAGGCCAUCAUUUGUCAGCGAGAAAAUCCAUUCUACGUGGACACUGUCCGCAGUUUCCGUGAUCGAAGAUAUGACUUCAAGGGAAAGCAGAAGGUUUGGAAGGGCAAAACUGAGGCUCUAAAAUCUUCUGGCGCAUCGGCUGCAGAGAUCGACGAGGCGAAGAAGAUGAUUAUCCUAUAUGACUCCCUGCAGCUUGCUCACAAAGUCAUCUUGAACAGUUUCUACGGCUAUGUCAUGAGAAAGGGUUCUCGAUGGUAUUCCAUGGAGAUGGCUGGCGUGACAUGUUUGACUGGUGCUCGCAUUAUUCAAAUGGCACGAGAACUGGUUGAACGUAUUGGUCGUCCUCUCGAGCUCGAUACCGACGGUAUCUGGUGUAUGCUUCCGGGCUCAUUUCCGGAAAAUUUCACCUUCACUUUGAAAAACGGCAAAAAGUUGGGUAUCUCCUACCCCUGUGUCAUGCUCAAUCACCUCGUCCAUGGAAGCUACACCAAUCAUCAGUAUCAGACUCUUGUCGACCCAUCAGCAUUCAGAUACGAAACUCAUAGUGACAAUUCCAUCUUCUUUGAGGUUGAUGGGCCAUACAAGGCUAUGAUCUUACCCACUUCCAAGGAAGAGGACAAAAAUUUGAAGAAACGUUAUGCUGUUUUCAAUCACGACGGAUCAUUGGCUGAAUUAAAAGGUUUCGAGGUGAAGCGUCGAGGAGAAUUGAAGCUUAUCAAAAUUUUCCAGACUCAAAUCUUCCGUUUCUUUUUGGAAGGGUCUACGCUCACCGAGACUUACGCUGCAGUUGCCAAAGUUGCUGAUCGGUGGCUGGAUGUGCUCUAUGAGCAUGGAUCGACACUAGCCGAUGAGGAACUGAUUGACCUCAUUUCUGAAAAUAGAAGCAUGACCAAAACACUCGAAGAGUAUGGUAACCAGAAGUCGACAUCCAUCACAACCGCUCGGCGCCUGGCAGAAUUCCUCGGAGAACAAAUGGUCAAGGACAAGGGCUUGAACUGCAAGUACAUUAUUUCUUCGAGGCCACGGAACACUCCUGUCACUGAGCGAGCCAUUCCUGUGGCUAUUUUCUCGGCCGAGGAAAGUGUCAAGCGCUUCUUCUUACGGAAGUGGCUGAAAGAUGACCCUGGUGAUAUGGAUCCCCGAACGGUUAUUGACUGGGAUUACUACCUUGAACGUCUAGGAUCCGUGGUGCAGAAACUCAUCACUAUCCCGGCUGCCCUGCAGAAGAUUCGCAACCCAGUGCCUAGGGUCGCUCAUCCGGACUGGCUGCAGAGGCGUAUCAACCAGAAGGAUGACAAAUUCAAGCAGACGAAGAUGACCGAUAUGUUCACCAAGUCAGAGAAAACUCCCUUGACAGAUAUCUCGACCAAUAUCCUGGAUCAUCGCGUUCAACACGCUGGUGACAUAGAUGAGGUGAUUGGCAAUUCAACACAGAAGUUGAAAUUCUCACCAGAAGAAGGCAAGGUUUCUCAAAAGCGAAAGCAUCCUGAAGGCCUUCCAAAAACCGCCCUUGAUCCAUUUGCUACUUUGCCGACUAAGAUGCCAUCGAUCAGCGAUGAUUAUGUCGGCUUCUUGAAGUAUCAAAAGCAGAAGUGGAAGAUCCAAAAACAAGCCCGCACCCGCCGCCGUCAGCUCUUCGGAGAGAGGGUCAACGUGACUACCGAUUCAUUGAGCAAUCUCUUCCGCAACCAGGCGGAGCUGUUGUAUAUAAAUACAUGGCAGAUUUUGCAGCUUGCUGAAACGUCACGACCUGGCAUUGUGCGAGCAUUUGUCUUGAUCGAUCGGAAAGUCCACGCACUCACCGUCAAGGUUCCGCGACAAAUCUACGUCAACCUAAAACAGGAGUCUCUCCCUGAUGUCGAUGUUCCCGAUUGUGAUGUUGAGAAGGUCAACCAUACACUGCCGAAUGGACAUCCUUCUGUUCAUUUGUUUAAGUUGACAUUGUCUGAGGAGACCUAUCUUCGCGAGGCCAAUAAGAUCGACAUUCUUCUGCAACACCCAAGUGUUGAAGGUGUCUAUGAAAGGAGCGUUCCACCCACCGUUCGGGCUGUCCUGAAACUUGGCAGCAUUUGCACAUUUGACGAGGAGCAGCGCGGCGUUCUCGGUGAAGGCUUGGACAAGGGAUUCGACCUCUCAACCCUCUGUCGUACAGAUACCGAGCAACCCUAUCUCUUGAAUGCGCCCAUGGCAUAUCACUAUUUGUAUCAUGUUGCUUCGGGUGAUAGGCAGAUAUUUGCCAUCUUCUCCACGACGAAAGUCGAGGCACAUAUUGUCAUCCUAAAUCGUACUCGGGAUGCCCAAGGCCUCCCAAACGUUGAUAAGAUCUACGCAGAACUUCGUGCGCGCAGACUGCAGAACCUUGCUGCGGAUAGCACUCAAAACGCCUUCGAAUACCAAGAAAAGCUUCACUUCAAGACAACACAGGUCACCACAAGACGAAAGGCUCAUUUGGAGGUGGGAGAUCUGAUCAAGAAGCUGAAAUCUGAGGAGACUCAGCCCGCAAUUAUGGUAAUUCAGUCUCAUCAAAGAAGCCGUCUAUGUCACGAUGUGCCCAUCUUGAAGGAUUACCCUAUUCUACCUGUGAAGCCCGAGAUUUCAGACAUGGAGCUUCCACCUUUGGGCUGGCAGACUUUUGUCGCCCGACGCUUGGUCACUCAUUACCUUUAUCUUUCCGCUUGGGUUCAACACAUGACCUUGCUCGCCAGGUAUGGUGACGUCCCUCUCUGCAAUCUGGAGAAUGAUGAUCCUCGCUUCCUCAUCGAUAUCUCCUAUGCCAGGCGCCUUCAGCAGAAUAAUGUUGUGCUUUGGUGGUCCUCAAAACCCCGUCCUGAUCAUGCAGGCUAUGAAAAGGACGACAUAACAGGCCCAUUAGAGAAGGUUCCGAUGCCGUCUGUAAAUAUGCCAAACGCAUACACGACUGUGUGUAUCGAGCUUGAAGUCCGCAACCUAGCGAUCAACACAAUCCUGACCUCGUCUAUCAUUAACGAAAUGGAGGGGGCAGAUACCCUACUGGCAUCAUCUGGCACAUCAGCCGACGCAAAUGGGGGGGUGCUUUACUCUGAAAAGGCGUUCACUUCAGCCGGCGCCCUUGUCCUUCGAGAAAUGGUGAAAAGCUGGUGGACCGAGGCUUGCCAUGGAAACAACAUGGCCGAUAUCAUGGUUCAGCACUUGAUCCGAUGGGUGGAAAGUCCUGUUUCUUGUCUAUACGACCAAUCGUUGCAUCGUUAUGUUCGGAUGCUAUCAAGGAAAUCGUUCCAAAGACUGAUGGCCGAGUUCAGACGGGUCGGUUCAAACAUCAUCUUUGCAAGCUCCACUCGCCUAUUGCUCCACACGACGAAGACUGAAGUGGGCAACGCAUACGCAUUCAGCCAAUACGUCUUGAAGUCCAUCCGAGCGAACCCGUCAUUCCACUUUAUCGAUCUCGAGAUCAAGGAGUACUGGGAUUACCUGCUCUGGUAUGAUGAAUACAAUUAUGGUGGUAAAGGAUGUCAGGAAGUGGCCGAGUCCGACGAGCAGCCAUUGGAGACAGUCAUGCAUUGGCAGCUUAGUCGCUUCCUGCCCACGCCCAUGCAGACUAUUUUCCAUGACUGGGUUGUUGAAUACAUAGAACUGAUGCAUAGUCUGAAACGCCCAGACAACGACUCGUCAACUCCUCGAAUGACGCAGAUCCCCAUCGGACGCCCAAGUGAUGAGGAAAGCGAAGAGAUCUCGGCUAUCCUUGCGGAGAAGUUUUCCAAGCCUUUGAAGAAGCAGAUUACGGGUCUUAUUCGCCGACAGCGGGACGAACUGCUACACCCGGAGCUGGCAUCCGACUAUGCCUUCCCUGUCCUGCCCGGUGUGCUCUCAGAUCCGAAUGACGAGAAACGCAACCCUGUUCUAGAACUUGUCAAGCUGCUAAUGCAGGUGCUUAGCCUCUCGAAGAUUACUACAAUGGAGACACGGUUGUUGCGUCGCGAGCUACUUGCCCUUUUCGAGAUCCGCGAAUUCAGCAAAGAGGGUCGGUUCGAGAAUCCAGGCGCGAGCUUGAAGCUUCCCGAACUCACCUGCAACGCCUGUUGUCUGAUCCGCGACCUAGACCUAUGCCGAGACGAAGACGUGCUCCCUGAUCCUGGCACGGAGUCGAAUAAGGCCGCAGUGAAACCUUGGCGUUGCUCAUUCUGUCAAACUGAGUAUGACCGACUGGCGCAGGAGGAGACACUUAUUGGCCAGGUCCAAGGAUUCAUUGUUGGGUGGCAAACUCAGGACCUCAAAUGCUCCAAAUGCGGUGGCUUGAAGGUCAGUGAUUUCAUGGAGCAUUGUUCGUGCAGCGGAGUCUGGAUGGAAACGAUGGACCGCGGCGAGAUUGAGAAGAAGUUGCGGCUCCUAGAGAGCGUUGCGAAGUUCCAUAAUCUAAAGCUGCUGGAGACUGUUGUGGGGGAAGUUUUAGGACAAAUCUAA